GCCGAUAAACGCAUAGCUGUCGUUUCUUAAAGGCUUACCAGUGGCUUACAUGGUGAACUCGCAAUCACGUAAACAGUAAGAAGACUGUUUUGGCAGAGCAGAAGAUAAAUUAUUCCCGAUUGAAGGUGCUACGCCUACUUACGAGGCAAAGACCUUGAAAGAUACUUGUCAUUGGACAGAUUUUUCAGCUUAGGAGAGUGCCUGAAAUUUCCACUAAUUAAGUGAUCUUUCAGCGACAUUUGUCGGAAUAUUAAGACAUCGAAAGAAGCUGGUCUUCGGUGAGCCAAAAAGCAGCUGCCUUGUGAGUUAUCGUAAAGGGAGAGUACCUAUGGCGUCGAGGACAAUGUUGAUUGCUGCUUUCUUCGUGUUUGCAAUGGGUGAGUCCAUUUUAGUCCAGUCGGCGGAUGACACCGUUGUCAUUACCACGAGAUAUGGAUCAGUUCGUGGAGUAAUCCGUCGAUUUCAAGGUAUCAACAAACCCAUCAAAACCGUGAACAAGUUCCUUGGUAUUCCAUACGCCGCGCCACCGGUGAACGAACUGCGGUUUAAACCUCCAAAACCAGUCUCCACUUGGCAACCCUCUACCUACGACGCCUCAUAUUAUCGAAGUAUUUGCACACAGCCUAGUGACUACAACAUACUCUUCUGGCCGAAUUUUUCGCAUCCUGAGAGCGAGGACUGUUUGUACCUGAACGUGUAUACACCCCACCACAACGGAAGUUUCGGGGCCGUAAAGAGAUUAUACCCGGUCAUGGUGUACAUUCACGGAGGGGGAUACGAAGUGGGUACUCCUGUUGUGUCCCCCGGGGACAUUGUACCCCUGUGGGAGGUGGUGCUCGUCACUAUACAAUAUCGUUUGGGUCCGUUUGGUUUCGUUACAACCGGCGACUCUGUAGCCCCAGGGAAUUAUGGAAUGUUGGAUCAGAUCGAAGCUUUGAAAUGGGUCAAAGAUAACAUUGAAAUGUUUGGAGGAGACCCUUCAAGUGUUACCAUAUUUGGUGAGAGCGCCGGUGGUUCCAGCGUGGGACUGCAUGUCCUGUCUCCUCUCUCGAAGGGCCUCUUCCAUCGCGCUAUUGCAAUUAGUGGAGUGGAACUUUCUCCUUACGCAAUAGGCUCCAAUAUAACUGCAGUUGUACACACGAACGAUUUGGCUAAAAAGCUUGGGUGUGCCACAGGUGAAACCGCUGCCACCAUAUCAUGCCUUCGCUCAAAGGAAGCUCAAAAACUCCUUUUACUUGACAGAGCCAACAUUUGGAGACCUGUGGUGGACGGCAACUUUCUUCCAGAUACCCCUGAGGAGCUCAGAAAAUCUGGCCGCUUCAACAAAGUUCCACUAAUGGCUGGCUUUACAAGCCAAGAAGGCGCAUAUUUUUUCCCGAGUCAAAUUGAAAACGUCACGCCCACAACUUUCCGCAAAAACCUGUUAUUUGCCUUCAAAUACAUCCUCAAUAAAUACGGACAAACUUUGGAGACUCCAAACAGACAUGAGGUUCCUAACUCUCUCCUAGACGCAGCCGUUUUUCAAUACACACCUUGGCCUUACGCUUCGGACAGUCAUAAACUUAAACGCGGUUUUUCUGACGUGAUCACGGACUCCUGUGUGGCGGAGCCCGCGCAUGCAAGUUUGAGGUACCACAGCACGCAGCAACGGGCUUUUCUGUACGAGUUUGCGCAUCGCUCCAAGCUCGAUCCAGAGCCCGAAUGGUUGGGAGUACGCCACAAGGACGAUACGCCAUACCAGUUUGGUUUCCCACUUAUGAACCUCACCGUGUUACAAAAUUACGACGAAGCCGACCGCAACAUAAGUGACACGGUUUUAACACUUUUCACGAACUUUGCCAAAUUCGGAAACCCGACGCCUGAGCCCGUCUUCGGGGCUUCAUGGCCGCCAUUCAACCAGAGUCAUUUGGCUUAUUUCCUAAUUCAAGGAAAACCGACGCAUGCGAGUAACUAUCGACCAACCCAGAUGGCAUUUUGGCGUGAGUAUUACAAAACAUUGCUUAAAGAGAAUAAUUGUCCUGAAGUUGUCUCCUCUACAAGUAGAGGAACACAGUUGAAAGAUGUACGACUGAUGAAAGCUAUUUUUUUUUCUCACAUGAUCCUUAUGUUUUGGCUGUUUUGAUCCGCGCUUAAGCCUGGUUCAAACGGUCAUGAUAGUCGAGGAUAGUUUCAACAAUUACGCGCGUUUGUACACGAACCAUCAUGCACUAUCAUCGACUAUUAUCGGCUAUCAUCAAGUAUCUCGUAGUUUGGACACGGUCAAAUUCCACAUGAUAAUUGAUGAUUUUUUUUACCGUUUGAACGAGCGGAUGAUAGUGUAUGAUGGUUUUUAUCUCAUUGCGUGAUUUUUUCAACUAUCACGAACCGUUUGAACGCAAACAAUAUAGUCAUUGAUAGUUCUAACUAUCAGCGACAAUCAUGACCGUUUGAUCCGCGCUUAGGAAGUAUUUUCAUAAAUCCGAGUUUUGUAAACAGCAUAAUUGCCGAUGAGAGAAGGAAAAUAUCACCGCAUGUGUAAUCUUUUAUUGUUACACACGAAUUGAUCUUAUUAGUGAAAGCUAACUGAUGCGCCGCGAAUAAAGUUUCGAAAGCUUCCUGGUUCUGGGCUCAAGUUAUUUGCUGCAUUCCACUAUCAAUUCGAAAUGUUUUAAAACAAUGUCAUUUAAAAUUGCGAGUAAUGUCAGCUAACUAUUACACUGUAAGUACUUUGUUACGAGAACAAAAUCUGACAUCAAAAUUUACCGCGUUUCAAGAUCAAUGUCAUCAGUUGACUGUUUUUGGGUCAGGGGAGGGGUAGGCAAGCAGUUGCUCAGAUACUAACAUUGCUCCGCUUUUCAUUAUCCAGAUGAGAAUUAAAGACUUUAAGGCCCAGUUUUAUCUUAAAGAUAGUUCAUUCUCCGAAUCGGCAUCUAUAAUAAUAGUGCAUAAUACCAUACAUAUACCUGAGAAUGUUAAAGGUUCAAUGACAUCGUUGUUCAUUAUGUUACUAAAAU